AUGGCUCCGCCGCCGACAGACCCAAACCACCCAAACCAUCCUCCAUUGCAUCACUCCGACUAUCCCCGCGAACUCUCCUCCUUCCUCCACCGCCACCUUCUCACUCUCAUGAUCCGUAAUCCUCUAGUUCCGUCGCGUACGCAUCGGAUUUGUGACGUUUGCCGUGAAUCCAUCGACGGCGAUUUCUACGGCUGCAACCACUGCCAUUUCCACGUCCAUCCAUAUUGCACCCACCUCCCCAAGAGCCUGCGCCAUGUCAUUGACCCCACCCAUAAGUUGAGGCUCCACAAGCUCUCUGCUGGCUGCUGUUCCGUUUGCAAAGCUGAUUGUUCUUCUUUUUGGGUGUACGGCUGUGACGAUUGUAGAGUUUAUGUUCAUCUUAGAUGCCUCCUAAAGCCGUUAGGUUCGCGGGAGAAAACCGACCAGCCGUCCGGUUCACGUGGGAUACAUAACCAUCACCAUGCACCGCCGCCACCGUGGGUGACGGGGCCACCUCAUUUUCCCGGUGGCUUUCCCGCUGGUGGGUGGGCUUUCCCAAAUGGUCACGGUUGGGAACAUCCGAGUAACCAUUUUGGGCAUCUUGGACCUGUUCCAUUUGCACAUAACAACCAUCCAAGUUAUCACCCAAAUCAUGGUGGACACGGACAAGGACACGGACACGGACACGGACAUGGACAUGGCCAAGGACACGGACACGGACACAGCCAAGGACAUGGACAAGGACACGGACAAGGCCAUGGACAAGGCAACGGACAUGGUCAAUGUCAUUGUCAUGGACACGAACAUGCACCUUGGUCGAGUUUGGGAUCGCUGUUUGGUACUACAAUGUUUUCCCUCGUUGGGAACUUAGCAAUCGGUGCUCUGACUGAAUUUAUUUUUGGUUGUUAA